AUGACAAUGCUUUUGAAGUUGACAAUGGGGGGUUUGCUGUUCUUUUGUUGUUUGGUUGUUGUGUUUUCUCUUCAAUGUUGUUGUAAAAAGAAGAAGUGCAAGAAGGUUGGAGGAAAGAGAAGGGAAGAAGCUAUGCCAAAACAAGAAGAAAAACAAAAAUCGGCAGAAACCAAAAAGGAAGCUGCUUCUAAUGGAAAUAAGAUCUCAAAAGUUCCGCCAACUUCCAGCAAGGCUGUCGAAUUGGUCAAAGCAAAAGAGGGCGAGAAGGACAAGAAGAAUAAUAGUGGUGAAGAAAAGACUGCUAUUUCUGCAGAACAUCCAUUUUCAACUGAAGAUGGAAAUGAUAGUAAAAUGCCUAGUACUUUAAAAUCAAAAGCAACAGCCUUCACUCCGGGUACUGGAGAGACAAAGACAACAACCCCAACAACAACUACCCCAACAACAAAAUUGUCUUUGUCUAAAAUUGGUGAACAAGGAGGGGAAAAGAAAGUUUCGGCCGUUUUGACAGCUUUGACAGAACAAGAAAAAAUCUUGGUCAAAGAAGCAGAAGAAGGAAGGAAGUUCCCAUUGGAAGAAGACAUUGAUGAAAAUCCUGACUAUGAUACAUUGCAAUAUGCUGAUAAAAAGGAUGUAUUUAAGACAGGAUUCACAUCAAAAGGAGUUCGAAUUGAAAAGGAAAAGCCAAAAACGAUUAAAAUCAAGCCUGGUGAUUCUGCCUAUUUGGGUGAUCCUGCCUGA